AUGGAUUCUCCUGGAGGAGGAACGUUUACCCGAUCGCAGACCAUGAACUCCUCUGUGUCAACCAUCGUACUGCCUCGUACCGUUGCAGCGUUAACCAACAGCAGUUGGGAAAAGAAAAACGGAGACUCUACGACAAAUACAGGCCCAAAUGAUGCUCCGGACAUGGCUUCAGAGGAAGAUACGGACGUUGAGAUGGGCCCUGACGUAGUGGCAACUCCCAAGGACAACUAUAUAGAUCCGGACAGCUAUCCAGACGGCGGCAUAGAAGCAUGGACUGUUGUCUUUGGGGGCUUCUGUGCCCUAUUUGUGAGCUUUGGUGCUGACAGUAUGCGGAUAGGUGUUGGCAUCUUCCAGGACUACUAUCAAACGCACGACCUGAAGUCAUAUUCUCCAAGCUCGGUAGCCUGGAUCCCUUCUUUGGAACUCUUUAUGAUGUAUCUUGUUGCGCCGCUAUGUGGCAAGGGCUUUGACAACUUUGGCCCACGGUAUCUCUUGAUAGGUGGCUCGCUAUUCCAUGUAUUCGGCCUGAUGAUGACCUCACUAUCAACUGAAUAUUACCAAAUUCUCCUUGCACAAGGAAUCUGCAGUCCCUUUGGUGCCGGGUUUCUCUUCUAUCCAACGAUGAACAGCACCGUCACAUGGUUUUACAAGAAGCGUGCCCUGGCGGUUGGCAUCGUGGCCAGCGGCUCCAGUCUUGGAGGAAUCAUCAUGCCAAUAAUGAUCACCAAGCUCAUCCCCAUGCUUGGGUUUCCGUGGACCAUGCGUGUCUGUGCCUUCUUGAUUCUCGGGCUGUGUAUAGUAGCAUGCAGCUGUGUCAAGUCCAGGAUUCCUCCUCAUCCUAGGCCUCUGGUUCUCAAGGAAUUCUUCACACCUUUCCUGGAGCUGCCUUUUAUUCUCCUUACCACAGCGACUUUUCUAUAUUGCUUCGGCAUGUUCUUGCCAUUCACCUUCCUGGUCCUGCAUGCAAGGAGGUUUGGCGUCCCGGACAAUCUGGCCAGUUAUCUGGUGUCAAUUUUCAACGCAGCAAGCAUUCUUGGACGGACUCUCCCCGGCUACGCUGCAGAUCGCAUGGGACUCUUCAACGUGGUAAUCAUUAUGUCCUUCUUCAGUGUCAUCGUGGUCUUCGCAAUAUGGCUACCUUCUCGUGGCACUAUUCCGGAUGUAAUAUUUGCAGUUCUCUUUGGUUUCGCAUCUGGCUCUCUGGUCUCUCUGCCGCCCAGUCUAGUUGCACACAUCUCAGACGUACGCAAACUUGGUGUGAGAAGCGGAAGCAUGUUUGCAACGGUCUCGAUAGCGGUCCUUUUGGGCAACCCACUGGGCGGAUCACUGGUCCCUGACGUCAUCCAUGGUGAUUACUGGAGAAUGCAAGUAUUCUCUGGUUCAAUGCUGCUUGUCGGCAGCAUGUUCUUCGUCUUCACCCGCAUGAGGCUGGCUGGAACUGCCAUCAUGAAGAAGAUAUAA